UGGCGCUCAGUCGACGAGCAACUUUGGCAGCGUGAGGACGCCCGAGUGCAUGUGCGUGUGUGGCCCGUUCAACAACAACAACGCCGAGUGGCAAUGUGCAAAAAUAAAAAAUCUAUAUAUAUUUUAAAUUGAAUAUAGAAAACCGAAAAACCCACACUCGCACACGCUGGCAGCGCACACACACUGACGAGAGCCAGAGAGCGCGAGCGGAAAUACUUAACAAGCCAAAGCUAAAGCUAAAACGUCGAAAAAGUGGAAGUAAAAAGUGGCCGUGUCGGUGCGAGCGGCGUCUAGAAAGUGUGGCCAACAAAAGUGACAUCACACUCCGGCCAGCAGAAGGGCAGGAAAGUCAGCCAAGGAGCCUAGGGUUUAAGGAACCUACCAGAAGUCCCAUUCGAAAUCGAAAUCAAAGUCGAGCGGUAGUCGCACGCGUCGUUGCUCAAGGUGAGAACGCGCCAGCCCCCCUCCCCCAGCCAAAAAAAAAGUAAAAAAAAAUUAAUCUCAACAACUGGCACGACAAGUAGUCGCCGCCGUCGAAAAGUCACACAGCCCGGGUAUCAACAAAAGGAAAUAAAUUACAAAUUUUGUCGCUACGCAGCGAGACGACGGAUUCGACAGCGCUACGGUUCCACUGUUUCCACCCACCAAAUCACCGAUGAAGCCCACUGUGAUGGCGGCCAAUCAGGCGCCCAGCAAUCCCGCCACCGGUGGCAACGGCUCUGCCGGAGGGCCCGGCGUCAAUAUACCCGUGAACCGGGAGUAUGUCAGCGGUGGCUACGGUUCGCCCCAGCAGCAGGCGGCGCAGAGUCCCCACUUCCACAAUCCGCCGCAGCAGAACGCUUACGGAUCGCCCAGGCAGCAGCAGCAGCACUUCCAGCAGCACCAGCAGGUUCCGCCGAAUCAGCAGCAGCAACAUUUUCAGCCGACCUUUGGAUUCGAACCGAACAUGGACAUGGACAACAUGUUCCCGCGCUCGCACCUGGGCAGGAUGCAUGACCCCUUCGCCGGCUUCGGAGACUCACACUUUGGAUUCCCCCGCUUCUCGACAAUGGGCCGCCGCGGACGGAUGCCCGGUGGGGUGAGCACCCACAUGGAUCACGACGACGACUUCUUCAACCGGCUGCCCUCGGAGUUCCGUCAGUACAUCCCAGAUGGUUUCGGUGCCAGACGUGGACCAGGCGUAGCCACUGCUCCAGGACAAGUUCCGCAACAGCAGCCACAGCAGCAAUAUGCCCAGCAGCAGCCACAGCCGCAUCCCCAGCAGCACUACCAGUACGCUGCGCCACCACAGCAACAGGUGCCCCAGUCGCCCUCGAAGCGUCUCUGUGAUGCUGCCAUCCAGACGGAGGAUCCGGCCGGCCGCUCGGAGGUGGAUUGUGCCCCGCCGGCCAAUCUGAACCAGCAUGGCUUCCGGAACACCGUGGACAUGGGCGUGAAGAGUGCCGCCGAGCAGGACCAGGGCCUGCGCUCCCACUCCGCCCCGCCGCCAGAGCAGCAGCAGCAGAAUCUGCUUUACCAGCAGCAGCAGCAACAGCAGCCGGGCGCACAUCACCAGCAGUUUGGCACCCAGACCAGUCCGCCCGUCCAGGGUCAGCAGUUCAAGACCUACUAUGCGCCCCAGCAGCAGACACAUCCCCAGCAGAAGCAGCCCACCCCGCCGCCAGCCCCACAGACCCCCGGUGGCACGUAUGUGCGCACCAUACCCAUCUUCGUGGAGGGACGCACCGAGCCCAUCAUCAAUGCCCACAAGGAGAUACCCAACCAGAAUGCUCCGCCAAGUGCCCAGGCCCAGGCUCAAGCUCAGGCGCAGGCACAGGCUCACUUUGCACCACCACAACAGCAACAGAGGCCCACGCCGCUGAAUACGCAGCAGGCGCAGGCCCAUCCCGACCAGGAGCUGCCGGCCGAGGGGUCCGCCGGAUUGCCACCACAGACACCACACACCCUCAAUUCGAUCAACAAGAUCCAGGACAUACAGCGCGACGUGCUGGAGCUGAUGGGCAAAGUGGAGCAGUUCAAGGGCACGCGCCAGGAGAAGGAGUACGCCUACCUGGACGAGAUGCUGACCCGCAACCUGCUCAAGCUGGACACAAUCGACACCAACGGCAAGGACAGCAUCCGCCUGGCCCGCAAGGAGGCCAUCAAAUGCAUUCAGGCUUCCAUAAAUGUGCUGGAGGCCAAGGCCGAGGAGAAUGCCAGGGUGGCGUCGGGAGCACCAGCUGCCAGUGCAGCCCCCGUUGAAUCAGUGGACACGGCUGCAGCUGCUGCCCCAGAGGCCGCCGGCCAGAGCGCGGAGCCAGUGACUCCACAGCCACAGGAUGCUACGAAAAUCCAGGAGCCCAUCCCUCUGCCGCCGCCACCAAGUGCUGCCCCCGCUGAAGGAUCAGCUGCUCCCGAGACGCCCGUGGUGGAGCCCCAGGCUUCGGGUGAGACAACCGCGCAGUCGGAGACCACCACCACGACAUCGGAAUGAUGAACAGAGCGCCUCUACAGGGCGACCGUUUCGAAGCAGCUACGCAAAUUAACCAAAUUCAAGUGACAACAAACGGACGAUAGGGGCGAGUCCCCAACCUGAGAUGCCCAAUCAUCAGAGGAUGGCGACAGGAAUGGGCGCAUGGGAAUUGAAUGCAGAUGUGAUUGUGAUCAAGAGGAGCUGGAGCUGGCGACGGAUCUUUGCUAGUAUUUCGUAGAAGCACACCCGCACUAUCUAAACAAGCAAAUCUCAUGUGUCGAACACUCAACACCCAACACUCAUCCCCGCACAACAUCAUCAUAGCACUCAAACACACAGCAUAGAUUAUAGGCUAGUAAGGAAAAUAAUAUUGAGAAAAAGUGCCUGCAUAGAGAAUUCGACAGUUAACAGAACGAAAACGAUUUGGCAACGAGAGUUGUCCCUCACAUAAAAGAGCUGAUUAUGUUUAAGCGAUAGAGGUCACCAUGAGGAUAUUUUUGAACCUGAGUCCAGUUUUUAUACGUAAAUUGCACCGAGAGGCAGUGGGCAGCAGUGGUCACCAGCAAGCCGCCGUAUGAUCUCAUACAAAUCUACAGCAAUCGCGCUUGCCUGCCACCGACACCUCGUCAUCAAGCUUUGCUGCAGGUGAAUUGUUAAACAAAGGUAAACACUUCUAGAGAAAAAACUAUGAUAACUAUUUAUGCUACUAAUUAAUGCGAAAAUAAAUGUAGAUAUUGUUGACUAUACAGA